UGCUGGGCACUGACUGGUGGCACUGACUGGCAGCACUGCUGGGCUGCACUGAUAGGCACUGCUGGGCACAGGUGGGUGGGCACAGGUGGGUGGCACUGCUGGGCACAGGUAGAUGGCACUUCUAGGCACAGGUGUGUGGCACUGCUGGGUGGCACUGGUGGGCACUGCUGGGCACAGGUAGGCUGCAGUGAUGGGCACUGAUAGGCUGCACUGAUGGACACUGAUAGGUGGCACUGAUGAGGAGGCACUGGUAGGUGGCACUGAUGGGCAUUGACAGG